UUCCUGGUGAGCAGCUGAGGUGAGUGGCCCCUGGGAUGGGCCUGUGGGUCCUGGGCACUGCCUUUCUGGGCACCCAGAAGAAUUCCCAGGCUGAGAGUGAGCUGAGAGCUGGCCACCAUGAUGGAGCGUCUGAGGAGCAGCAUCUCGUGGCUGAGGCCCUAGAGAAGGGGACCCUGCCCCUGUUGAAGGACCAGGUGGAUCUGUCCUGGAGCAGAACUGGAGUGAGCAGCCCCAUGAUAUGGGCUGGGACCCUGACGCACGACUUCUCUGUGCCCUCUAUGUUGCUCUCUCCCUCCUGCUGCAGCUGGGUGAGAAGCUGACCUCAGUGCCUUCCUAACUAUCUGUUAGCCCUUGAACCAUUCUUCCCACAAGCCUCUGGGUGCUCCCCUCUCAGGCCAUCCCUGACCCCCAGUUCCCCCCCACCCCCCCCGACCCCCGUCACCAGAACAGUGUCUUUAUAACAAACAGCCGACUAUUUUGCAAUACAUUACUUCCCCUACAUGAUAAUGUCCAAAAAUCAGCCUGGAUUGUAUGCAUGGGCUUCUGACUAAAAGUGGCAGAUUGGUCAUAUUAAUUUUCUCUCCCUCUUGAAACCUCACUAAAUAAAGUAAAACAAUAGAAAAGAUGUAAACACACAAUGAUACAGAGAACGGGGCAGCAGAUAAGAGAUUCUAACACAUCUGGGCGCCUGGGUGGCUCAGUUGGUUAAGCGACUGCCUUCGGCUCAGGUCAUGAUCCUGGAGUCUCGGGAUCGAGUCCUGCAUCGGGCUCCCUGCUCAGCGGGGAGUCUGCUUCUCCCU